AUGACGAACAAGCUGCAGAUUGUAGUGGGUAUCGACUUUGGAACAACGUACAGUGGGAUCGCUUGGUCUCUGACAGGAGUGACCGACGAUAUUCAAGUAAUAUCCGAGUGGCCAGGGAGAGGAAACAGUAUAGGUCAAGAUACACCUGGCCCUAUCAAACAAAAGCUAACUCGUGCAGGAACGAGCCCUAAAGUGCCUACUACAAUUUGCUACGAGGGUGGAAGGGUUCGAUGGGGUUACGAACUCACGUUCCAAAAGAAUGUCAUCUCUGUAUUCAAAAGACUACUUGAUGAAGACCAACAGACUCAUUCCAUCCCUGACAUCUUCUCCAAGAAGCUGCUGCACGAAAGAGGACUUAGCCCCCGUGAGGCCGUAGCGGAUUACCUCAACAAGCUAAUUGGCCAUGGCAGGGAGAUACUGCGCCGCCGAUUCGGAGAUGCCGUCCAACGGUUGGAAAUUCAAUACGUACUAACAGUUCCAAGUGUGUGGUCAGACAAAGCGAAAGAUGCUACUCGGUUGGCGUGUUCAGCUGCAGGUAUUCCACUCUCUGAUAUCUACCUUAUAUCCGAGCCAGAGGCCGCCGCGCUGCACUGCUUAAGAGUUAUGCAGCCCAAUAUCAUCCAAAAUGGGGAUAUCAUUGUGAUAUGCGACGCUGGUGGUGGAACGGUUGACGUAAUAUCAUAUUGCAUAAACACUGUUAGCCCGCUUAGUCUCGAAGAGGUGACCCAAGGUACUGGGGCUGCCUGUGGAUCAAUCUUGCUAGACACGAAAUUUCUGGCAUUACUGACGGAGCUCUUCGGAGAUACUGAAUUCGGGCAGAUCCCCUGUAUAUCUAUUCAGGCUGCUAUGACUUGUUGGCAAGACACAAUCAGACCCAACUUCAUGUUCGAUGAGGAUGACGAUGACGAAUUCCAAGAGAUCGGCCACCUCAUCCCAUUGCCUGGUGUGGAGGAUAAACAAUCUAUAGGCCUUGAAGGUGGCUUCCUUGCACUUGACAGAGCUACCAUUAAAGGGAUAUUUGAAUAUGUGGUCAAGCAAGUGGUAUCUCUUGUGCAGUCCCAAACCCGCGAUAUCGCUCGCUCUGGAACAAAAGCAAAGGCAAUUCUGCUUGUCGGUGGCUUUGGGGAGUCAGAGUAUCUUUAUCGGCGACUCAAAGCAGCUUGUCCGCAUACCCCUGUCAUGCAACCAGCAGAUGCCGGUGCCGUACAACGCGGCCUGGAUGGGAACCGAGUUGGGAAGCGUAUUGCACGAUGCUACUAUGGAGUAAGCCACGGGUCAUGCUACGAACCUGGGCGCCACAGGCCCUCUGAAGCAGACCGGAUAACAUGGUUGAUCAAGAAGAACGAUACAAUAUCUGAAAAUACGCCACUUAGACACCCAUUAAAGCUUCACGUACGUAUUCAUGAAAAGCGAAGUAGUUACCAGAAUCUCUUCGUUUGUUACGCCGACACAGCACCAGAUAAGGUCACCAAAGAUGCAUUCAAGGUGUGUGUGAUGGAAUAUGAUCUUAACGCUGUUCCGACCAAGCUCUUUUCGAAGAAAAAGAAUUCUAAGGGGAUUGAGUAUUACACGAUUGAUGUAGUCGUUCAGCUCAUACCAACAUCUGCAUCACUUUUGUUUGAGAUGGAGUUUAAUGGUGUGCCCUAUGGAUCGGUAAGGGCCAAGUAUUGAGUGUCCUUCUCCACGACUUUUGGUUGUUAUUUUGCUC